GCGAAGAGGUCAUGACCUCGGUGAAGAGAACCGAGCCGUCUCAGGAAACAAGGCCACUCUGUCAGUACCUGUCGGAGGAUUUAAACAAGGGGUUAACCAGGAGGAUAAACGCCGCUGCAAACACACGGUGAGCGGCCAUGCUGGGACGAACAGGAGCUCUCUGUGGUCGCUGUUGGUUUGAACUGCAGAUGGUCUGCUCCCUCUCCUCGUCUGUUCCUCCCCCUGAGAUACCCAGACUCCAUCUCCCAUCAGCCAGUGGGAGCAGGAAGUACAGGACGGGGCAGGAGUCUGGGCCGAUGAGUUUGGCUCAGAUCAGUCGUGUCUUAAAGGCCAACGAGUACAGCCACACCCUCCCCAGAGGCCCCGCCUCCCAUGGAGUCCUGGGUUUCCAUAGUAACAUGUUGCUAUCCAACCAGCCUGGUGAGGACCGUCGGAGCAGCGCCACCUGCCUGCCGGGCCGUGGCGGCGUUCUGUUCGGCGUGUUCGAUGGUCAUGCCGGGCCGGCGUGCGCUCAUGUGGUCAGUCAGAGGCUCUUCUACUACAUCGCCGUGGCAACACUGCCGCUGAGGAUGCUGGCAGAGCUUGAACGUGCCGUGGAGGAAGAACGAGCCGUACCGCCGCUGCUGGAGUGGCACAAAUACCCACAAGACCACCCUGACGGAGGGGCGAGCUCCUCCCACAGCCUCAGGAACUACUGGCAGGAGAGGCUGGAGGACGAAGAUGAGGAGGAGGAGGAGGAGGAUGAGGAUGGUGGGAGAGUGACAUCAGCACUGAUCAACGCUUUUCGUCGCCUUGACUACGACAUCUCUGUGGAGGCCCAGGUCCACCUGUCCACGUCCUCGCCCAGGCGUCUGUCUCUUCCUGGGGAGGGUCUGUCUCUGUCCUCCCCCCUCCGGGUGGCGCUGUCUGGCUGCACGGCAUGCGUUGCUCACAUCUCCAAUGGCGUCCUACACGUUGCCAACCUGGGCGACAGCCGGGCCGUCCUUGGCGUCCAGGAGUCUGACGGGAGCUGGUCGGCGGUCAGCCUCACCAACGAUCACAAUGCACAGAACCCCGAUGAGCUGCAAAGGGUUCUGGAAGAACACCCUCCAUCAGAGUGGAGGACGGUGGUCCGCCAUGACCGCCUGCUGGGUCUGCUGCUGCCGUUCAGGGCGUUCGGGGACGUCCGCCUCAAGUGGAGUGCUGAGAUGUUGAAUCGAGUUUAUGAAACCAGACCGGACGUCAUGUCUGUGGCCGCGGAGGCCGUCAGGACUCAACCCCUCCACUACCUGACCCCGCCCUACCUGAGUGCCCAACCAGAGGUCACCAGACACCAAAUCAGGCCGUGCAAUAAGUUCCUGGUGCUGGCGACGGACGGCCUGUGGGAGCUAAUGCACCGACAGACCGUGGUGCAGCUGGUGGGGGAACAGCUGACAGGUCUUCAGCAGCAAGGCCCCAUAAUUCCUGGUGCCGGCAUGACGCUGGGUGGCCUGCAGCGCCUCCUGCUGGAGAGGAAGGGCCGGGUUCUAUCAGUCCUGGAGGAUCAGAACACUGCCACCCACCUUCUCCGCCACGCCCUGGGGGAUGAUGGGUACGGGUCGGUGGCUCCAAACCGCCUGGCUAAGAUGCUGAGUCUGCCGACGGACCUGGCCAGGAGGUACCGCGAUGACAUCACCAUCACCGUCAUCCACCUGAACGAGGUCGACCUUUGACCCAAUCACCUGAGGGAGCUAACGGGUCAUUGAUCAGCGUGGUGACUGAUGGGAGACUGUCAGUUUUACUGUGUUACAUUUCCUCCUCCUCCUGUCUUUAAAUGAACUUCUUCUGAUGGUUUUUUGCUGUUCUACGGAAGCCCUAAUAGACAAAACCAUGCAUUUUAUUUUACUGUUCUUCUGUGAUAACGAAUAAAUAUCAUGUCCCAUCCUGUCUUAUGUUGUGAUAGAAAUGCUGAUGAUCAUAUGACACAGUGACGGCCUAUCAGAAUGCUUCAUCAUUCCCCUGAUAAAAACAUGAAACCUACAGAAAUUAUGAUUUUUAAGAAUAAUAAAUCUGUUUUGAGAGUGUUGUAAGAUAAGGAUGUUUAAAAAGCUGAACAGGUUUGAGAUCAUAUUCAGGCUGAGUGUACUUCUAAUUUAAUUAAAGAAGUGAAAUCUAAAAAAGAGCCUGGUCAUGUUCUACCAUCUUUAAAAGACGAGAAUCUCAUCAUUUUAACUACAAUAAAGGCCCAAAGACUCAAAGCAACAGCACCAGGUCUUUUUAGGAGAACAGGAUGUGCUGCCUGCAUCCUCCAUCCCACGACUGUCCAACAGAAUAAAACCUGGAAAUGUGGUAAACACCCAACAAACUAACUGACAUCUUUAUUUAUUCCUGAUAGGCUGCCCACUCAGGUAAUAUUGAUUAAACAAACUUUAUUGGCUCAGGUGAUCAGCGACGCAGACUUACGUGUGUUUAUUAAAUUCACGCAACUCUUCGAAAACUCCCGAAAAACACACAAAACCAUCGUUGGCAUCAAAAUGUCAUUUUCCAACAUCAUUAUUACGAUGAGUGUCUGCGUCCAGGAACAUCCUGGAGGACAGUCUUCUCCAGUCUGACAGAGAACUACGGCUUAGAGAUUUAUUUUCCAGUCAGACAAUGAGCCGAAGCAUCCAGAGAAAGAUACACAGAAAUGGUUUAAAGACGACGAGGAGAAUGUUCUGGAGUGGCCGAGUCAAAGACCAGACCUCAGUCCAAGAGAGGAUUAGUGUCUGAACUAGAAAAGGUCUGUUCAGUCCUGAUCCCUGAUCAACCUGACAGAGCUUGAGCAGCUUAUCAAAGAAGAAUGGAGUAAA